AAACUCUUAUUUAACUCUUACAGUAUUGUAACAUUUAAAAUGUGGGUUUUAUUUAUUUUUAUUUAUUUAUUUUAUCUUGUUUUAUGCAGCAACUAUUAAAUGAUAAACUUCUAAAGUAAUAUCUGCUGCUUAUUGCAUGCGUUGUAAUUAUUUUCAACACUGAAAAAAGACACUCAAAAUUAGACAGCAGCAGUACUGCAUUGUGUGACAUUUUUCAUAAUCACUUCAAUGGUUCGAAGCUUAUUAUUACAUUUCAAAACAUUCACAAAGGCUGCGUGAGAAUGUACACACAAUAACUAUUUUAGGCACGCACUCCCACACAUUUUACAGAAAAAAGACACGUGUGUAGCAGUAGGUCUCUUAAUGAGCGCAGCUGUGGUCAGAGUUCUCAGACCACUCUUCAGCAGUAUGCGUGUCAAAGGCUUCAUUGUUAUGCCACAUUAAUAGCUCACUAGCUAAACGUUAAGCGACAAUAAAGGUGCUUCUGCAAGAUAUUGAGCCUUUAGAUAAGUUAAAUUCACUAUGAAAUCAAAAUUGACAAUUCUUUAGUUUUAAUGGAACAUUGCAGCAUUUAUUAUAAAUGAUUUAUUCGUGCACAUCCUUUUUUUUUCAUGUGCCCUCAUAAUCUUUAAUGAAAGACUGAUGAUGUGCAUCGAUGUGAAGGCGACAAUGAUCUAAUCAAUUCCCAAUAGAGUGCAACAGUCGGGUUCCGGAAUUUAUAAACCUUAAAAGACAAUAGAUAGUAAUAGAUAGUAUUUGCCUCUGUUGAAGCUGUUAGCCCGCAUUAUUUCAGCUUAAAAUAAUCAUGUUUAACAGUGGAAUUCAUAGUGAAAAACUACAUUACCCAUGAUUCUGUACAGAACAUUGGUGGAUGAAUUCCACCAAUCAAAGAGUUGCUACAAGAAAAACGAGCCAGAAGAGCCCACUCCCAUGAAGCACCACAAAUGAUGUAAUCGAGACCGUCUCACUAUGCUUUCAAAAUACCAAAAUAUUCGAAUAUACAUGCAUAUUUUACAAUAAACUUAAAAAAAAAUGUAUAUAUGUAAUCAACAUUUUUAAAUGAGUAGUUUUAUAUUUCUCCAUCAUUUUUAAUUUGAUUAUGCUGUUCGCAAGGCUUCAUGGGAUUGUAGUUCUUUCUCUCACUAAAGUUGUUAAAUACACUGUCUUGUACCUUUGUAUUUUUGUUUGAUUUUCAAAAACUUUUUCCUUCAAAUCAAAGUUUGCAAUGUUAUGAUUCAUUUCGUAGCUUGGCUUGGUUCGUGGCUUGUAAUGCUCUAACAAAGACCCCUUUGGAAAAACAUAAAUCCCUAUGGGAGUAAUGAAUAGAAAAAAUACUUUUGGAACCAAUGCCGCUGAAAAAGUGUGCGGGCACUGUUGCACUCUAUGGACAAAAUCAAGUCCUGCCCUACAUUUUUUUUUUUGUUCAAAAAGCCGUUUCACUUGGAUAUACAUCACAAUUGGGAAGAAAAGAUGACUGUAAUUUCUGUUUCAUGCUGACUUUAAAACUGAGUUUUACACUAUGUCAACAUUAAAAUCAGAGAUGCAAUAUAUCAUAACACAGCUAUGAUAAGAGACUUAGAGAGAGCUUUUUUUUACCAGUAUUGCGCAACGUAUUGCUAAAUUCUUUUGAUGGCCUUUGUUAUGUUGCAAUUUAACCUGGAUGCCAAAAUGAGUCAAGGUACAGUAAGUUUUUUUUUUUUUUCCACUGCAUUAAAUGUGUUAGAUCAUGAAAAUACAGCUUAGGUUUGUCAUUUUCUCACAGGUCCAGCAGGGGGAUGUGUCCUACGCCUCUCUGGAUCUGACUGUCAAUAAGAAGCGUAAGAAAAAGAGAAAAUACCAAAAACAGCCUCAAGCUCAUCAGGCCCAGACGCAUCCACAACCUGCAUCCCAGCAGAACGGCACGGACCAGGAUAAUGAGGCUGAUGUCACCCUCCCGUCUCGGAGCAGCAGCCUCAUGGUUUCACGUCACAGUAUCUACCUCAACAGUCAUCAAGUAGCCCUGGAGGCAGAAGAGAGGGAGAGGGAGAGAGAGAGAGAAAGAAUGAUGGAAAUGGAAAGAGAUGAUAAUACAGAGAGGGAUUUCGACAUGCGUAGAAAUUUGCACGAAGGCUAUGAUCACUCCCUCGGUAGAUCAAGACAAAGUCUAGAACAGGACAGUUAACAUUUUGAGAUUUUAAAAAAACCAUUUAGCAUCUUAAAAGAUGAAACACAGGAUACUGUUGGGUGGUGCUGUCAACAGACAUAGGUCACAUGCCAAAUUAUCAUUUCUGUCUGUGCAAAAGCAUGCAAAGGAGAGCAGCUAUCUGUUCUGAGGUUGCAUCCAAUCGAGACACAUUUAAAUGAGUUUACCAUCUUAAAUGUGUUUUCUUGUUUCUUGCCUUUAAAGGCUUACAGUGUUGGUCUGUUAUAUUGUUCUACAUAUACUAAGAAUAUGUUAACAUAUUUAAUCUGCUUGUUUCUUGCUAUCUUUUAGAUUUUGAGGACAACCAAUAAAAGUCUGUUUGUGCAAAGGUUGAUUGAUGACUCAAUUUGAUGUACCUACGCACAAAAAAAUAAGGACUGUUUAACCCAUAAUAGCUGUUAUUCAUAGAAAUGUAAUGUAUUUCUCAAUUUUUGUGACUUUAUUUUUGUAUCUGACAUUUUUUUUUCUUUGAAAGCUUUGAAGAAUGUCUGAUGAUGUAAAAUUUUACCAUAAAAUACCAAAACAUUUACCAUAUAAUUAACUUACCAUAAAAAAUCUCACUUUGCUAUAAACUGUCAAAUGACAAAAAAAUACAGAAAGAUUCUAAAAGCUUUUUCUUACACUUUUUAGCUACCUUUGUAAAUAAAAAAGGAAAUCAUUUUAAGUCUUUUUGCUCACUUCACGUACCGACAUCAAAAACAGGAAAAAUGCAACAGCACAAACUCGCUACAGUGCUGAUGAGGAUUUUUUGCAAACUUCCGCCGCAACUAAUCAUGACGUAUUGCUCCUUUAGUCACGUGAUUAUAAACAUGGCCGCGCGCUGCUGAAAGUCAUGCGAACGCUUUUGUGUGUCGUUUCUUAUUUUAAUCUCUUUCAGUUGUAAUAUAUUUGCACUUAUGUAGACGUUUCUCUUGAUAUAUACUGUCAACAAUUUUGUCAUGGAUCCCGACGGUCAGCUACGAAAUUUGCGGGACUUCCUCCUCGUUUACAAUCGCAUGACGGAAAUCUGCUUCCAGCGAUGCACAAGCAAUUUCAACUACAGAAAUCUGACAAUGGAUGAGGAGCGUUGUGCAGACAGUUGUGCUGGUAAAUUAAUAAGGACCAAUCACCGUUUAAUGGGCACAUAUGUGCAGUUGAUGCCUGCGAUGGUGCAGAAGCGGAUGCAGGAGAUGGAGAGCAAGGCUGCAGAAGUAGCUAAAGCUGAAGCUGCAGCGGCAUUAGAAAACCCAUCUACUGCCAUCACAGACACAUCAACAGUGUCUCCAUCAACCCUGGGGAUCCCUGCCGCAUCCUCUCCAGUGGUGGGGAUGCCUUUAACCACAACACCAGUGCUUGAAAGCCCACAGAUACCUUCAUCUCUCAAUAAUCCAUCAGAUAUUAAGACAUCAUCAUCAACAAUUGGCUCAGCUUUUGGAGAAAUGCAGUCAGAGGGACUAGUAGCACAAUCAGCAGUGAUCUCAACAUCUUCUAGUGUACCUAAAGUAGGUGUAGGUCCCGUCUCAAGUGAAGAGGAUAAACUCAAUCUGAAGCCCAGCAGUGUAACAUCCACAUCAGUCCUUGAAACGCAGUCUGCAGCAGGACAGACGCCCCAAACUCCAUCUUGAUGGCGAUGUGCAGAAAAGAGACAUGGCAGAGAUGAUAUGUCUAGGAGAUAUUGUUUAUGUUGCAUAUUCAGUCUUAACAGCCAAAUAUCACAGACGCCUUUUAUGACAGUUGAUCAAUUUCAGUGGAAUUGACUUCAUAAAUAUUUAAAUACCUCUAUUACAACAUUGAAUAAUUAUGUACUGCUGGCUAACAUGUGAACUCUCUCUCUUUUAAUAAAAUGCGUCAUGUGGAAACUGA